AUGCACAAAAACGGCACAGGGAGAAUCAUCUACAUCACAUCCGACUCGGGGAGCAUUGGCUGUGAGACACAUUCCAUAUCUAGGGUUGACAUUAAUACCCUUGCUAACAACGUCGCCGUCCCUAACCCCUCGGGAAACGUCAUCGGCUAUCGCAUGGCAAAGUCCGCGGCCAACCAACAGGUCAAGACACUGGCCAUCGACUUCAAGCGAGGCGGCAUCCCCGUCAGCACCUUGGCAUUCGAGCCAGGGUUCAUUAAGACACGUCUAUCAGGAGACACUAAUAUUGUCGAGUCUUGCCCGGGAACGGUGGACAUUAUCGAGAGGAUGGCGCCCGACAUGCCUGGGGCCUUUCUCGACUGGCAGGGCAACACGGUUCCUUGGUAG